GCUUUGUUUCAUUUUAUUCUAUUUUCAAAGAAAUUCUAUUCAUACUCGCAAGUAUAGACUUGGUUUCCGUUCUGUUUUUUGAUAUUCUUGGACUCCGCCAAUUACAUUUUCUUCCGGAUUGGAUGUCGUAGGCAUUGAUAUGACGCCAUAGGAGUAUAAUGUCCAAGGUUGAAUACUUUUCGUGUAUGUCCUCACACGAAUCAGCCCAGCAACUUAGUUUAUUGAGCGAGGUUCAAAAAGGAUUGAGAAUAACCGCACUCGGAGUGACGGACUUCUGCUUUCAUACUUGGAGCUCAUGAAACGUGCAUUGAUAGAGAUGUUUAACGUUUCAUUAUUUGCAAUGCGGAAAGCACUGAUGUUUUAGAGGAACAAGACUGGGACCUCUUCUGCGUUUCUGUAUUUCUUGUAUCUCUCUGAGACGGGUUAUGUCAGGAUGCUGACGGGAAUCGUUGAAACUAGGGCGGUUAACGUAGACAGCACCGGCAGGAAAUGCUUCGUGAGAGUUUUUUCGUUCAUAAAAAGUGUUCUUUGACCUUAGUUUGUUUCUUCACGUCUUUCCACCACGAUUGUUGGUACCGUGAACCCACGCGUAAAUAUAUGAUCCUCAUUUGAAGGUCCAGUCUUCAAUAGCCCUCGGAGUAGUACCUGAAGGUGGAUGGAAUGGAUCGAGAUGUUCACUAGUGUCGCUCAACUGAAUCUGGUCUGAUACGUCCAAGAAAUGUAUAAAAAGGGUCUAAGCUCGGUUCUAUGAUCGUGAACCAGAAUAGUGUGAACCAGAAUGCAAGUGUUCGUCAUCUAAUCAUGGCGAUAGCGGCUGUGUAGUUGCGAACGAGAGUGAUUUCUUGGUUAGACAUGAUAUGUUCGAGGGGUGCGAAUUGCUUGUUAGGUGCCUUGCUGGUUUUAAUGCCAAUGUGUAAACUUUGCAGCAUUCUCAAAAGUCGAAUUGCUGCCUACCAAUGCAGCCGCAUGAGGGAGCUACUUGAGAGUUUGUAAAGCAAAGCUGAGGAGGUGUUCAGCAGCUUGAAGGCUAAGGUUAACUGGGUGAUAUGGUAAGAUGCUGGAGUGAGCUACGUGCAUGAUUGCAAGGAGUUAAAAUGGCGAGUAGGGGUAAUCAGACGUGUGUGCAGCUCCACAACGUGGUCAAGACCGGCUUCGCCCAUCAUACCAGCUUCCUUCUUGUGAAAGGAGCAUGGUAUCCACUGCACUUUACCCUGGCGGUCACGGAUGGACUGAAUGCUUGGAAGAUAGAUGGUACGGAAGCCUUUGUAAUCCAACGUGCAAAUGACAUGAAAGUCACUGCUGGGCAGUAUGUGGACAAGGCACAUCUGCAUCUAGGUCAUGACGAUAAGAGCUCGCUGUACUCUUUGCACUGUCUGGGCAGCAAUGGUGCACAGCUGUUGUGUACGCCUCGGGAUGGUCGAGACCUUAACAUGGAGUUCACUAUAAAUUUACCUAUGAAGGCAGUGCCUGUGUUGGACUUGACUUUCGACAUGGUGCAGUUCUUGAUGCAAGCCUACCAGGACCUUCUGGAAAAAUCAGAUAGAAAGUCCCGCACAUAUGAACGGGCAAAGGCUACCAUUGAGCAAUGUGUAGAAGUUCUUCAGAGCCAGAAAGCCCAAUUGCAAUGCGAGAAAGCUCAGCUGGAAAUUCAGAUGCAAUCGAUUAAAGACUCUGGUAUGAAUUUUGAAGAGGCUGAGAUGGCGAUCAAUCCUGUCCCUUCCUCGUCCACACUGAAGAGGAAGCUCGAUUCUAGCGUCGAAAACAACGUACACAAGAAAAGAGGUUCAUGGAAGGGGCGGUCCUCCUGCAACUCAAUGCCACCACCAGAGCCGGAUGCUUUCGGUGCCGGCAUGAGAAACCGCGCAUCCCCUAGGGUGAGAGGAAAAACUGCCCCUUUGACGACAGGGAGAGAUGGGUCUCCGACUGAGAAUGGUCAUCGGCCACCUUCGGAAGAAUUUAGUGGGCGUGGUAGAGAACGGAAAGCUGGUGAAAAAUCUAAUGCGAAAGUGCUGACCGCGUUCAUCGCUGAUGGGAGCUUCGACGCACGUCCGAACUCUACUCCAAAUACACUUUUGAAAACGGGCAAGAAACGGGGACGAAAACCUAAAGGCACAGUGCUGCUAGCCCAAGAUACUGAUGAUCGGUUGCCUUCGGCACGCACAUGUGGAGGAGCGCAGAGAGACUCUUCCGUGACAAGAGACAUGAUAUCGGAGCAUCGAAUUGAGGAGCAAGCAGAACGAGCGAUUAAGUUGCUUGAACCAUACACAAGACAGCUUACUAUACUUGGAGCACGAAGGACUGAUAAGUCACUGUCACCGAAAGCAGCUGGUAAAACCCUGGGAAGCAACAGAGGAAUCAUUCAAGCGAAUACGAAUGAUGAUAGAACGUUGCUGCUCAAACAACCUUCUAUAGAUGUGUCACCGCAGAGCAGCGUAGCCUUACCCUUAGCCUUUUCCAAGGGCAAGAUCACUAACACAAUACCCUGCCAAACAAAAGAGUUUGAUGUUAUCAACGCCGACUUUUAUGACUUCGACAAUGAGCGGUCGAAGUACGUGAUGGGCUUGGGUCAGUACUGGGCACUUUACGACAACAUGGAUGGGAUGCCUCGCUUCUAUGGACGAAUAGUAAAUCUGACUCUUGAUCCUUUCGAGGCGGAGGUUGAGUCCCUUAAGCCUUACCGUCCUACUCUUUUGUUCUCCGGGCUAGUCAAGUCAGCUGGGCUUUCUGUUGCGUGUGGAGAGUUCAAGAGAGAUUCCGUCAACUUCCAAGAGCUUGCGGCUUUCUCCCAUAGAAUUGAGGUGGAAGCAGAUGCGAAGAGGAGAAUCUACAGAAUUAACCCCAGGAAAGGAGAGGUCUGGGCGUUGUAUAAAGAAUGGGACAAGUCCCUUUCGAAGCAAUUUGUAGAUGAUGUGCCGAAAUUUGGGUACGAUCUUGUGGAAGUGUUGAGUGAGUUUUCCAAGGAGAAAGGCGCGAAAGUUGGACCCAUCACGAAGGUGCCGGGUUUCAAAACCGUGUUCAGGUCUGGGGGAUCAAUGUCACCACAUUGGGUCCCAGCAAAGGAUUUACAAUCGCUCUUCUCUCACCAGAUUGCCACUCACCGGUUUGACGGAAGCGAGACGAGGGUCGUGCCCCGAGGCUCAUUUGGGCUUGAUUCAGCCUCCACACCAGAGGAAUUCAUGUCGUCAACGCCGGUUACAAUCACUAACACCCCUGUUCAUGCCAUGGAGGUGACACAGACCAUCUCCGAUUCUGGAUGACGGGCUGCCAUUUCAAGAGGUAGUACAUUCAGUUAAAUCUCCAUGACAUUAACCCAUUUCCGUUGCCAAUCAAUCAACCCCGGUUGUCUUUGUCCUCGUCCGCCUUACCCUCGUCUUCAGCAGGCUCAGCAACCUCGAAUCACACGCCCAUGCCCGUGCACCGCAACCUUUGCAUCAGUGAUUUUGCAACGUGCUUGCAGGUCAACAGAAGCAUUUGUGGGUAUCCAAGAUAUCGAUGGACUCGGAGCAGAGCUGCUACGAUGUAUAAGUCGGCAGCAACUUAUUCUUCGAACAGAGCAAUCUGCUAAAAAUCUUAGAAGAAAUUCUUGAAAGCACAGAGCCCUCAUGAGCCAUAUACAACACAACCAACGGCGGCUUAGAUCUGAGAGGCUCCCAAUAAUUUUUGCUACAAUUCGGGAAGGAUCCAACGAGGUACGAUUACCUCGCAACAACAUGCGUCAUAACCUUAGGACUUCCCUUGUAUGCUUCCAGAACAAAUGUAAUGGACCAUAGGAAUGGUAAAUAUCAAUGAAAUUAUUAUGCCAAGGUGCCGCCAUUGCAUCAACAUUGUCGUUUUUAUUGAAAUUUGUAGGGGCUGAUGGCAUUAGACA